AUGAUACCAUCUAUUGAUAUUAUUAUCACUGGUUUGGAAAUCUUAUUAGAACCAUUUAAUUAUCUUAUGGCAAAUCCAGGAAAAGAAAUUAGAUCAAAAUUUAUUGAUGCAUUUGAUCAUUGGCUUAAUGUUCCUAAAGAUAAAUUGGCAUUAAUCACCACUGUAGUUGAAAUGUUACAUACUGCUAGUCUUUUAAUUGAUGAUGUAGAAGAUAAUUCAAUCUUGCGAAGAGGGGUUCCAGUCGCACAUUCAAUUUAUGGUAUUCCUGCUGCUAUUAAUUGUGCAAAUUAUAUUUAUUUUCUUGCAUUAAAUGAAAUUCGAAAGUAUAAUGAUCCAAACAUGUAUUCUAUCUAUACUGAGGAAUUAUUAUGUCUUCACCGUGGUCAAGGAAUGGAACUUUAUUGGAGAGAUACAUUGACAUGUCCUACAGAAUCUGAAUAUAUUCAAAUGGUUUCAAAUAAAACUGGAGGAUUAUUACGUUUAGGUGUCAAACUAAUGCAAGAAGCCAAUAUUUUAAAACAGCAUACAACCUCUAUCGAUCUAAAACAUUUCGCAGUAAAACUCAUGAAAGAAUCAGGUUCCUUUGAAUAUACUCUUAAUUAUUUAACCCAAAUAGAUCAAUAUGUACGUGAUAUGAUUCAUAAAUUAGGUGGAAAUUCUAAGUUAGAAUGUAUUAUGGAUUUGUUAAAUGUGAAAUAA